AUGGCCGAACAGGAUGAAGUUGCGAGCAAGGUCCUGCGAAGGGCACAAGUCUCAAAGAUGACUCGGACGCUGCAGAACCGCCUCGCUCUGGCCAACGUCAAGAUGAAGAACGGCUGGGAGAGUCUCAGCCUGGAUGCCAUUGAACCUGUCCUCGACGGUGUCGAGCGCAAGCGCAAGCGCCCCGGCUCCAGCAACGAAGCCAUGUCGGAUGUAUCCAGCGUCUCCGAGCGCUUCUACCAGCCCAGUAUCCUCGACUCAUCCCCCCUCCAAGCGCCCAUAUUCUCAGACGAUGUCCGCCGUUCAGUCAGUCGGUCCGUCAGCACCGGCAGCUACAUCCACAACAAGCGACCUCGUCACGACCGAACAAAGUACCCAGCAUCGAGCAACCACGCCCGUGUCAAAGUAAGGACUGCCACCAGUGCCGCCACCUCGUGGAAGAACAACUUCCACUUGCCCGAGUCCUCGCCUGUAUGCCAUCGCAGACAUGCCCGUUUUGGCCGUCAGCAUGUUCCGAGCCUGUCCUUUGUCUCUGAAACCUCGACCGUUCCCGAUCCGCAUUCACCCCUACUGUCCGAAGACGACGACGAAGACCUACCCAUUACAUCUUUCUCCCUGAACAGAUCGCAUUUCCAACCAUCCUUCCAGUCAUCACCGCCCAAAACCCCACGCACACCGCCCCCAGACGUUGCACGUUCAGCACGUCUUCGACAACGGGGGUUCAAUGCUGCCGGCGCAGCUCGGGAAGGCAAACAUGGGGACAACGACGCAAACCUCUUGAUGUAUCUCGCAACAUCACCCACACCGGUUCGACCUGGUCACCAGAAGCCACAAAUGCUUGCUCCAUCAACUCCACCGCCCAAAGCCACACCCCUUCCCUCGUCGAUGAUGUCCACGCCCGGUGGUGGUGGCUCUCAUUAUACAGGCUUCGGUCUUGCGACACCAUCAACGAACCUCAACUUUGCAGAGUUCCUCAACAUGUCCCCGAGCCCUGCGCAGGUCAAUGCAUCGUCGUGGAACCGCACACCUAUCGCCACCAGAACACCUGCUGCUGUCCGCGAAGCACGGCGUCAUCUCAACUUCGACAAUAUUGCUCCAUCUGAUGAUGCUUCACACAUGACUGGCCACAUGGGAAAAGUGGAUAGCUUCGGCAUGGACCUCGGCGGUGAACUGAUCUCGUAA